AAGUUCAAGUUUUGCCUUGUCCCCCUUUUCCAUACAAAUACGAGGAUACUUUCGAAUACAAGGAUGGCCUUUGGCCUUCGUCGUGUUUUUGAGAAGUACUAGUGUCGCUCUCACUUAAAUAUUUUUCAUCCACCGGACCGAACAACAACAAAACUAAACAACAACUCUCCUCUUCAAUCAAACCAUGAUGCGCGGAGCAGGUGGUAGAAGUGGCAGAAAAAUGUCGCAGGAAGAUAACCGCAACUCGAACGUAGCGCUACACAAAAAACCUGCGGCGUUUUCCUCUCGUCUUUCGGCGCCGGUCUUACAACUCUCCGGCUCCUCCUUUGUCGCCAUCUUCGCGCCUGUGUUGCUGCACCACACGACGGCAUUCACGGUUGUGCGCAGACCGGCAGAUGUGCAACACCCGCAGACAACGCACCACCCGAUGAAGGGCGGCAACAGAAACAAACUUGCACGGAAGGCUGCUUCUACUGGUAACAAGAGGAAUAAUGGCGAGGAAGAUAAUUCGGGUCGGAGCGAUGCUCGCGAUGUCGUCAAGACCGCCGUGGAAGCUGGUGAAGCUCAGCUUCUUGCGAGUACACGACCGGAUCGUGUAGUUGGGGGAGAACUUCAUCGACAGGCGCGUAUUGAAGAUUCUACCAGUGAAGGGUGGGGUAGUGCUGCUGGUCCGGAGACCUCCGCAUUACUGCAAGAAACCGCAGAGGCAACGGCUAGUUUGGAAAAAGAAAAAGGACGGCAACAGCAGAAAAAAUCGACGACGAACCAGUUCCCAGAUUUGACGAACUUCAACUUUACCGCCGCGGGCUACGCAACUAUGCUAGGUUUGCACGGUAAUAGCAACGACGUUCAAGUAUCUGACUUUACUGGUACGAGCGCGACAGCAGCCUGCAAGCGCAGCAAGGAUCAACAUCCUGGCAGAAAUCUCGCCCUCGUAGGAGAUAUCAUCCUUGACUUUAACGUGUGGAAUGCAGACAACUCGUGGGAGCAUGGGCAGUCUCACCAUCUCGUCGGAGCUGCGACACCAGAAGAUGGUAGUCCCACCUUGAGCGACGCAGAGCAGUGCGCGGCCGUGUGCGCCGCCUGGCCCAAGUUUUCUGGAAAAACAGGUCAAGCGCCGUCAAGCGUAGACGUCGUUUGCACUGGCUGGACUUUCUUCGGGCGUGGCGAAAACUACGACGAGAAACACCUUCAAUCCGGGUUCGCAAACCCGAAUUACUACAACGCUGGAUACGACCGGCCAGCCGGAAACGCUUGCCGCCUCUUUUCCGGGCUGCUGCAACUGCAUGUAGUGGAUUUUGGUAACAGCCCUGAACAGUUCGGGUUCGACGCAGCGGUUCCGAUCGAGUCAGGCGCACCGUGUCCGAGGGAGGCAGAUGGGAUCAAGAGCCUUGAUUUUACAACAUGCCAGGAGGAGGACUUCGGGUUUUUUCUGGACUGGCCCGCUAACCAUGGCGGAGCAAGCCCGAUCGGAGGUGCUAUGAAAGGGGCGCCCGAGGUACACCAGGGAAAUUACUACGCUGCCGCAGACGGUAACAUGGUCAUCUGCAGCAAUUCUACAAACCCAGAGGACGCGAAAAACCCGAGCUGCCAAAACGAAGAGGGAGUAUUCCAAGAGGGAAUGGUAAAGGUGGAAAUGACCACCGACGCGAACGGCGACAACCAGUUCGCGAACGUGCCGACCCCCGGCGCGAAUUGGGAAUAUCUGCAGAAAGGCCCGGGGAAGGGCUACUUCCUCUGCAUGGCGUGGUGCCGCAUCACGCCCUGGUGCAAGGCCAUGACCGCGGGGCAUGGACCAAAACAUGACUCGGGCCAGUUUCAGGACGUGGAAAUCUGGUGGGACGGUUGCUGGAUGCGCACGGCGGUCGGACGAAAAAACAUCUACCCAGGAGAUUGGGAAAAGGGUGCGGCGGUGCACUCCGCGUUCACGGUCUGCAAGGAAUUGAAGGAACCCGACAGCGACAAUUCCGGAGAGCAGCACGGCACGAACUCCACUGGGUCGCCGCCGAACGGCACCAAUGGAUCAUCCUCCGCUGCAGCGACGGAGGACGCGGACGGCGGUCUGGCGGCCCCGCUGAUUGGCGGCCUCGGGGCCCUGCUGGCAUUGAUCGCGUUGGGCGUGGUUUUGGCGUGCUGCUGCUGCGGCGCCGCGGCCGCGGUGGCCGGCGAGGAAUCGGAGGCGUCGAAGCCGGCGGAGGACCCGAACCUGGAAGCCGUGUUUCUGAUGGACUUCGGCGACGCGGAGAAGGCCUUUCUGUCCGCGGGUCUGACCCCCGCCUACGCUAAGACGCUGGCGGAGCAGGUGAGCUCCCCCCUCGUCGACGACGAAGACGACCUGACGCCGGCGGAGGCGGAGGCGGACGUGUAUGCCAUGUCGGUGUUUGGGUUCGACUUCGCUGGGGACCCCGAGCGCGUGGGCCGGAUGCGGGAAUUUCUCCAGAACCUGGCGCGCGACAAGUACGGGAACGACCACGUGGACGCCCACCUGACCGCCACCACUCCGCAGAUGGUCUCGUUCGGCGAGACCGAGAGCGCCCUGCAGGCGAAGGGCUUCUCCGCCGCUGCGGCCGCAAAGAUUGCCACGCGCCUGCGCCGGAACGCUUCGAAAGAGUUUCAGCAGUCCUCGCUGACCAAGACGCGUAACUUAUCCACCGCACCGCUAGAAAGCCACCGGCUCUUCGGUUCCCCACCGUGUAACUAGAGCAUCUUCCUUCGAAGGGGCAAUUAAGAUUGAUUUUAAGUAGAUAGAAUCAUCAUGCAGGGAACAUAGUCAUGAAUCUGUGUGCUUGAGGAGGCAAGGACGAAGAGCGACCUGAUUCUGGCGUGUCGCUUGUCCUCCUCUCAGUUCGGUUUGUGCAACAAGCGGAGAUAUGGUCAUGAAGACGUUUUGGAUUCUGAUUCUGUUUGUUUGAACAUACGACAUGCAACGUACGAUACCCUGCUGAUGCUACGAUGCAAAUACACGCUAGAGGUGUGUACGAUAGUCGCGAUGUAGCAUGUGCACAACCUCCAUGUAAAUGUUGUUUGAGUUCAAUCAGCUCAAAGAUGAUGAAGAUGCCGUGACUAAUAUGUGUUGGCGAUGUGGGGAACAAGAGAGACGAGGAAGUUUUUCCGUCGGAUAGAAGAUGCAGGCACCGCGGGUGCAGCUUUCCGAGAGUGACAUUGCGGAGCUGGAACUGGAUGGGGCGGAUCUGGAGCUGGUCCGGCAACUGUAUCACAUCAGCGGGGAGGCCGAGCACGCGGACAUGUGGAGCGCAUUUGUGCAAGCGAAGGCGCCCACGGAGAAGAAGAAGCGGAUGUCCAUCGACCUGAGCACCUGGAAGGGCAUGGAUCUGGAUGGCCCAGUCGAGCAAGUGCAGCUGCAGUCCGGCUUCACGCCCCACAUCCCCCCGAAGAAACACAAGGAACGCAAGACGGCGGGGAAAAAAGAAAAGAAGUGAGGAAGAGGACAAUCUAUCAUGUUCGUUUUGUCGUUGUUUUGAAAUUCUGUUUAACUUUUUAUGUUUUUUUUCCGGCUACACGCUUAAGAGCGUGAGCGCGGGCACUAGAAUUUUGAAAAAAAAUUUUGCGUUAACCCCCCAUGGAACUACUUGAAAUCAAAAUUUGUCGGGCUUUUCGAUGGAACGGCACGUCCAGAAAUUUCGCACUGCUCCGAAAUAAGUGCAGCUUUUCGAUUACAUCAGGCCGAUAAUUGUACUAGGUUUUUACCAGUUCAUCUACAGCAGCAGCGAUAUUACCCUGGGCGAUGCCGGUCACCUUUAAAAUUUGCAGGCAAAAUAAAGUUUCUUGAUAUAAUCCCCUUCGACGACCCCAAAUUAAUACUACAGGAUUUGGCAAAUGACCGUGUCAGUUUUAUGAUGUACACUCCCCUUCGUCCUCCGAUGUUGUGCAUCAAAAAAGGUUUGUGC